AUGCCCACAGCGCCGGAAAAGAGCAAGGGCAUCCUUGCAUCGAUUCCCAGCAUUGACACCCGAAAAAUUGGUCUCAGGAGAAUAGCUUCCGACCUCGGUAAGAAAUGCCGCAACUGCUUCAUGGGCCCUCUUCUGGCAGUGGCUGUCGUUGAGGAUGUCGAGAAGAAUGUUUCUGGAGGCUAUCACCCGUCGACAUUGGCUACGCGAUUGGCAGCCGUAAGCUGA